GAGGUAUAAAGCAUUUUAAACACGAAUAAUAAAUGGGAUAGUCUAACUCUCUUUAGUAUAAAUUUAGAGGAUCAUAAAAAACAUCCGGGCACAAAAUGAAAUUACAAUAGCGCAUAUAUUUUAUACUUCUUAUGUUUGGAAAGCUUUUUUCUUUAGGAAUGGAAAAAAUCGUAUCAGUUAUUAAGGGAGCCUCUAAAGGUUCUGGGGUCAAAGCUGAUGAUGACUUUGCUGACAGGUUAAAUUCGAGGUAUACUGUUGCGCUUAUUGUUGCGUUCGCCAUUGUUGUAUCAGGUCAGCAAUAUUUUAUUGGAAAGCCUUUAAAUUGUUGGGAACCGAAACACUUUACUGGAAGCCAUGUAAAAUAUAUGAACUCUUAUUGCUGGGUUCGAAAUACUUAUUAUCUUCCAUUUGAUGAAUAUAUUCCCAGACCAGACGAAGUAGGACCAAGAAAAGUUUUACCGUAUUAUCAAUGGAUACCUUUUAUCAUGCUUGGACAAGCUUUUUUCUUUUUCUUACCAUCUUUCUUCUGGCAUGGUCUUAACGAUAGGGCUGGCGUAGAUUCCGAUGAUAUUUUAUCAACUGCUCACAAACUCUCAGCGACUAAAGAUGUGAAAGCGAGAAACAAAAUCCUUGAGUUUCUUUCGCAACAAUUUCACAGAUUUCUAAGAGCAAGAGAUACUGUUGAAGGGCAACCUUUAGAAAAUAAAGGUGAAGAUAUUGACGACGGUGACAAGAAGAAGAAAGGUAAAAAUACUACAAUACAGAAACUUUAUUCUCGACGAUUUACUGGAUAUCUUUUGAUGAUUUUCUUAAUCUCAAAAGUCCUAUAUAUUGCUAAUGUUAUAGGGCAAUUUUUUGUCCUUAAUCUUCUUCUUGGAACCAAGUAUGGAUCUUUUGGUUAUGACUUACUAAGUGGUAGAGGCAGUAGCGGGCCGUGGAAACAUGAUGUUGCAAACACAUUUCCUCUGGUUACCAUGUGUGAUUUUCAAGUUAGAAGAUUGGGAAACGUUCACAAAUAUACCGUUCAAUGUGUACUGCCAAUUAAUAUGUAUAACGAAAAGAUUUACGUUUUCCUAUGGUUUUGGUUCUUGAUGGUCGCCAUCAUUACCGUUUUAAAUUUUCUAUUUUGGUUAAUUAGAUCUGUCCUACCAUGGGAUAAAAAAAGAUAUGUAACAAACCACCUUGCCACUAGACAGAUCGAUGUCGAUUCAAAAGAACGUUUAAUAUCUGAAUUUGUAGACUAUUUGCGUCACGAUGGAGUAUUCCUUAUACGCCUAAUUGGCCAUAAUUGUAACUUCUUAACAACCAACGAUAUAACAGGUGCUAUAUGGGAUACUUGGGAAAGGAAGGUAAAGGGAUAUUCUGAACUCCCAAACCCAAGUCUGCAAGACGUUUAACAAGAGGAAAGAAUAGAAAUCGAAAUAAAGAUAUUACAUUAGUCAUAAUGAGACACAAGUUCAUUGGAAGUAAAUAUUCAAAAGCUCCGUUGAAUUGAUCUUUUCUUAUGAAAUUAAUGUUUUAAUUACAUAUACCUUAAUCAAUUCAUGUAACUAUACUUUCACUCCUCUCCUCUCUUCUUUCCCUUUGUUCAAAAGUCAUAAUACUAAUACUAAUAGUCUAGUUAUUUUCUUGCCAUUUUUAAGUAUUCUCUGAUGAAUAGGAUAUGUAUUUAUCAUCUUCCUCAUCUUUGAAUUAAGCUUUUUUGUUUUUUAACUAAGCAAUCAUUAACAAAACUCUUAAAAAAUUCUUAUAUUCUAUAAGAAUAUUAUUAAAAAAUGAUGCCUUGCCUGCACUUUAUGAAUAUGCAAAUUUAUAUAUAUAUAUAAUGAUAUGAUCUAUACAUUAUAUAAUUAGUUUGUAUUGUGAGCUGUUUUUACAUACUUUUGAUUUUGAAAUUAGUAAAAUAAAACUUGCUCUCAUAGAC